GCCCGGCAACCGCACACGGCCGUUCAACCGCCGCUCCCGCGCGGCCUCGGGCCGUCCGAGGGCCGGACCGGACCGUCUCCCCGCCCGGUGCCGGGCGGAACGGACGGGGAGGGGGAAGAGGAGAAGUGAGGCUGGUGCCGCUUCUCGCAGCGGCCACGAGGGGUUGACGCCGCAGCCCGGCGCGGCUGGUGAGGACGGCGGCAGUAAGAAGCGCCCGAGGCCGGUCCCGGGGCGGGAGGAGCCGCCUCGGGCAGCGGUUCGCGGCCGGGGCGCCCUCGGCGCGGCUCCCCCGUAGGGCCGGUGCCGGCGGAGCCCGAGCGGCGGCGGGGGCCGGGCGGUGAAGAUGGCGACCCCGGGGAUGGGCUGGCAGCAGCCGCAGCACAGCUACGGCGGCGGCUCCGCACCCGGCGCGGGAAAACUCGGCUCCGGCUCAGCCCAGCCGGGACUGGGCGCCGAGCACAGCCCGGACCUGCAUUUCAAAAUGAGCAAGAAGAUUGCCCAGCUCACGAAGGUAAUAUAUGCUUUGAACACUAAAAAUGAUGAACAUGAAGCUGCUAUCCAAGCCCUUAAAGAUGCUCAUGAAGAAGAAAUUCAACAAAUUCUUGCAGAGACCAGAGAGAAGAUCUUGCAAUAUAAAAGUAAAGUUGCAGAAGAAAUGGAUCUCAAGAGAAAGAUCCAGGUUUUAGAAGAGUCACUGGAAGAUCAUAAAAAGAUGAAACAUCAGGCCUUGACAGAAUUUGAAGCCUAUAAGGAUAGAGUAGAAGAUAUGCAGCUUUGUGCAGAAGCUCAGCAUGUCCAACGCGUAGUGACCAUGUCAAGAGAAGUAGAAGAGAUCAGAAAGAAAUUUGAGGAAAGGCUACGAAGUUUCAUACAGUUGCAAGUGCAGUAUGAGAAGGACAAACGUACAGCUCUGGAAGAUUUGAGAGCUGCCCACAGGCUUGAGAUUCAAGAACUUCUGAAGACUCAACAGAGUCAGAAUGCUACUUUAAGUAAGGGGCAAGAAAAACUAGAGGAAUUGCAUAGACUGGAGCUAGAAGACUUGAACAGUAAAGUUGAAGAGUUACGGCUGGAAAGAAAAAAACUCAUCGAAGACUAUGAAGGCAAACUCAGCAAAGCACAGUCCUUCUAUGAACAUGAACUUGAUUCUUUGAAAAGAUCACAGCUUUUUACAGCAGAAAGUCUACAUGCUUGCAAAGAAAAAGAAGUGGAGCUAAGAAAAGAAUUUCAAAACCAGGAAAGUAUGUUACGGAAGAAUCUGGGAAAGCUUAAAACUGAAUUGCAAAUGGUCCAGGAUGAAGCUGCCAGUCUACGGGAAAAAUGCCAAAAACUUCAGGUGGCUCUUGGUACAGCAGAAAACAAUGUUCAGGUUCUUCAAAAACAGCUAGAUGAUGUGAAGGAGGAGGAGAUGUCAUUGUUAAGUAAACAUAAAGAAGUGGAAAGUGAGCUAGCAGCUGCUAGAGAGCGCUUACAGCAGCAGGCCACUGAUCUCGUUCUCAAAGCCAGUCACAUUGGAAUGCUUCAAGCUACUCAAAUGACCCAAGAAGUUACAAUCAGAGAUUUGGAAUCGGAAAAGUCUAGAUUAAAAGAAAAAUUAUCCCAACUGGAGGAGGAAAGAAACUUACUACAAAGCAAAACACAGAGUUUGGAUGAGCGACAAAGGCAGCAAAUUCUGGCCUUGGAGAAGAAAGUAAAUGAAGCAAGGGAGACACAACGUGAAUAUUAUGAGAAGGAGCUCGUAAAAUUGCAAGCGAGAUUGGAAGGAGAGGCUGCACAGUUAAAGGAGGCUCAUUCUAAGACCCUAGAAGAAUUGGCAUGGAAGCACCAUACUGCAAUUGAAGCUGCACACAGUAAUGCUAAUAAGGAUAAGAAAAAACUGCAGAUGGAGUUGGAGCAGCAGUUUGAAAAGGAGAAGCUGCAUUUGGAGGACGAUAAGAAUCAGCUCCGGCAGCAGCUGGAAAACCUGAAGGAAGAGCUGACAACAAAACUGACUUCUGCCAAUCAGGAGGUGUGUCGUCUGCAAGACCUAGUACGAAAAAGUGAACAAGGCCUUGGUACUGCAGAAGGACAUAUCUCCAGUCUUCAGGAAGCUCAGGAAAUACUCCAGAAAGAACUAGAAUUAACUAGAGCGAGACUGCGAGAGACCACAGAUUCAUUGUAUAGUGUUGAGGGUGAACUAGAUCAGGAGAGACAACAGCAUGAGGCAAUGAUUGCUGCCAUGAGAGAAGAGGAAAAGUUCAAAGUUGACAGAAUGGCUCGUGACUUGGAAAUAAAAUGGACAGAAAAUCUUCGACAGGAAUGUAAUAAGCUUCGUGAAGAGCUGAGGCUUCAGCAUGAAGAGGAUAAGAAGGCAGCCAUGACUCAGCUGUUGCAGCUGAAAGAACGUGAAAAAAAUGCAGCAAGGGAUGGAUGGCAAAAAAAAGUUGAAGAUCUUUUAGACCAGCGGCACUGUCUCGGUGAAGCUUUGCAUAAAUCUAUCAGCAAUAUCUCCUUACUGAAGCAGAAUCUGGAGAUGCAGCUUUCCCAGUCACAGAGCUCUUUGCAACAGCUACAAGCCCAGUUCAGUCAGGAGCGACAGAGGCUGACUCAGGAGAUCCAGGAAUUAGAAGAGGAGCAUCAGCAAAGGCAUAAGUCACUUCAGGAGGCCCAUAUCCUUGCCUUUCAAAACAUGGAAGAAACAAAAGAGCAAGAACAAAAGGAAUUAGAAGAACGUUUACAACAGAAACACUCUGAAGAACUUCAGGCGCUGAAAGAAACACAUAAACAAGCCAUGGAAGGUUUCAAACUGGAGAUGGAACAGGAACUUCAGACUCUACGAUUUGAGCUGGAGGAUGAAGGAAAAGCUAUGUUAGCUUCCUUGCGCUCAGAGCUAAAUCAUCAACAUGCAGCAGCCAUUGACCAGCUAAGGCACAACCAUCAACAAGAACUGGUAGCUGCCAAAAUGGAGCUUGAAAGAAGCAUAGAACUCGGCAGGCGACAGGAGAAAGAAUUUUUAUGCCGAAUAUCAGAUCUACAAGAUGAACUGAGACACCGAGACCAUCAUAUAGCUGAACUGGACAAAGAGAUUCUGCACCUUCAUGAAAAUAUAAGUGCAUUGACCAAGGAAUUAGAGUUUAAAGGGAAAGAAGUUCUUAGAAUACGCAGUGAAUCCAACCAACAGAUCAGGAUGCAUGAGCAAGAUUUAAGCAAGAAACAUGAGAAAGAGCUGGAUGUCUUGACAGCAGAUCACAUCAGAGAGAAACAAAGCAUGCUGGCAGAUUUUAAUAAGACCCAAGAGCUGCUCAAGGAAAUUAAUUCAGCUUUACAAAUUUCUUUAGAAGAAAUGGAAGAAAAAUAUAAAAACAGAGAAUCAAGACCAGAAGACUUGCAGCUUAUCUCAGAACUGAAAGACCUAAUUGCAGAGCGGGACCAACUCAUAAAGAAAUUGAUUGAGGACAAAAAGUUCUAUCAGCUGGAGCUAGUUAACAGGGAGACUAACUACAACAAAAUGUUUAAUGCAAGCCCUAAUGUUGGUGUUAUUAAUCCAUUGGUGAAGCAAAAGAAGAAGAACGAUAAAUCAACAAACAGGUUUGUGAGUGUCCCCAAUCUAAGUGCUCUGGAAUCUAGCGGAGUGGUGGGCAAUGGACAUCCUAACCGCCUGGACCCCAUUCCUAACUCACCCAUCCACGAUAUUGAGUUCAACAGCAGCAAACCACUACCACAGCCAGUGCCACCCAAAGAGCCCAAGACGUUUUUGAGCCCUCCUCAGACUGACGUUUCACCAGUGGCUUCACCAGAUCCACAACGCCAGGAGUGGUUUGCCCGAUACUUCACGUUCUGAGAGAUGGUUUGUUUUUGUGGCACAGCGUGAUGUGGACUGUUAAUAAGAGCAUGACCUUAAGUAAACCCUCAUGUGAACAAGCUUUCCUGUAAUUUGUCAAACACUGUGAAUGAGAAAGUAUUUGUCUUUCUGAUUUGAAACUGCACUGUAUUUCAUGUUAUGUUUGUUGGAAUCACUUGACAUGGUACUAUAUAAUGUGUGUAAUUAUAACUAUUAUUUUUAUUUAAAAUGGAAGAAUCUUUAAACUUUGUAAUUACUACAUAAUAAAUUUUGGUAGAACAAACAUAAUGCUUUCCCCCUUUUUCCUAUAAAUGUGUUUUCUUUGAUUUCAGGUAAGGCUUUCCCCCCCCAGCAAAUAACGUAAUUGCAUGGUUACUAUAAAUAAAAUUUAAAUUGUAAAAGGAAAAGUAUAUAUAUAUAUCUCACUCUCUCUCCAAUUUGGGCAGAAUAUGUUUAAUGUGUCCCAGUGCUAUUCUGUUACUUUGUAGCAGUUUAAAAACUGUCUAACUCUCUAACAUUUAAAAGGAAGAAUGUGAAAGAAAUCAAAACUAGUGCAGUUGCUAGCCUUCAGAGCAGAGUAAUUUUGACAAGACGAUGAAAAAAGCCACAAACCAGGAGCUGUUCAUUGGGGGGGGUUGACUCCGUACCUGCUGCUCAUGAAAUUUUGCCGUCUAGUUACAAUCAAACGUUUUAUCAUUGAAUUUAAGCAGAAACUGUUCCCACAAGUUAUGUAUUUCUUUUAUGAAUAUUAACAAAAACAUGUUUGAAACAUUUAGAAUAUCUCUGCAUAAAUCAAGAAUCUACAUUUUGAGCAUAUAGUCCCGCUUUGGAUAAAAUUAAUGUCUGAAAUGAAAAAAAAAAAAAUCCACCCAACUUUUUCCCAUUUAUACAUACUACAGAUACAGAUCUUUCAUUAAAACUUAACUACCUUCCCUUGUCUGUAUUAAAGUUUUUUUCUUCUUAAACUGAUAUAUAAAAAUUUUUUCAGCUAGUGAGCAUGAUUCUCCAAUCUACACCUUUUAUGAUGCCAGUGUUGCUCGAUAAAUUCGCUGCAUCAUAUAGAAAACUAGAGCUUAUUGUCUUUUUUAUAUUUUUUUCAUUCAAAGAUUACCACAAAGUAACUCACACUGGUAGUCUCAGGGAGAAAAUUGUCUCUUUGUUUUUAUGAAUGUAUUUUUAAGCUGAAUCUCUCAUCUUUUAAAAGCAGGAAAAAAUGUUUGAGUUAUUUGAAUAAGGUUUUAGUUAGCCUAUACAAAGGUCUUGAACUUUAGUAAUUUCAUCUGAAGCCCUAACUACAUCCUUUUUUCGCUACGUGCACAAAGGUAAAUACCCAGAUGAAGAUACUUGCUAAUUAUAAUGAGUUUUAUAUGUAGUAUAUGUAUAAAUGAAAAAUUUGUAUGUUUUCAUAUAAACAUUAUAAAAUCUUCUAAAUGAACAUUUUAAAACUUCUGUCUUACAAUUCAGCUUGAAAACUUCACUGAAAGCUGUAUUCUGGUGAUGCUGCCGUGGAUUAAAGAUGUAUACAGCAGAUUUUCUGUAGCUGGUGGACUCAACUGUAGGUAUAUGCAACUUCUUAAUUUUAGAAGAAAGCCAU